AGGUUGAUACACCUUGCAGGCUGCGGUCAUGUUCUUGCAGUUCUAGAUUCUCCUGAAAAAUCUUUGAAAGCCAAAACUGAGCACCAAAAAAUCUGAGGUUGGAAGGGGGAAUCCAAGGAGAAUACAUCAUCUCAUUGAUAUGUCAUCCAUACCAAGCAGCAGGGUUCUGGAAAAUGGCAGGAUGAUGUAACUUAUUCAUGACAAAGGAGCUGUCAGUUGAAUUCUAAGGCAUUUUAUCAGAAAAGGUUUCCAGUGUUUCUAUCUGCUGUUGUGUGUCAAUUGGUAGCAUUAAAUCAGAGAAAUUUGUCCAAUGCAAACGUCUGAGAAACAUAAAAUUUCUGGUAAGUACUUUGACCAGCCAGUGCAAGAGCUGGAGUCCCAUUGUUGGCCUCCCAACCAGAGUUUGGAUCACUACCAGUCAUGCUCUGAUGAUGGCGGCAAUGGUCUGCAAUAUUCAGUUCAAAAUUUGGAACAGUACUGCACCCUUGAAUCAUCAUCUGGUAUGCAGAACUCUUCUUCUACAGCCAGUUUCUCACCCAAUGGAAGUCCUGUUUCACAGCCUAACUCGCAGUCUUACCCGUCGGACCUGCAUCAUUCCCCAGAUAAUGCAUGUAGUUCUCCAGUAAGUGGUUCUUGUGUAACAGACAAUGAGCAUGACUUGAAGCACAUGAUAAGACAAUUGGAAACUGCUAUGCUAGGAACUGAUUCAGAUAAUUUUGACAUUUAUGCUAUCAACACUUCUGGUGGAGCCACUCAAAUCUCCAUAGAAGAAGAGAGGUGGAAGUACAUGAUGGAGAUGAUUGCCAGAGGGGACCUCAAAGAACUGCUUUGUGCUUGUGCCAAAGCUAUAGACAAUAAUGAUAUGCAUAUGGCUGACUGGUUGAUGACACAAUUACGCCAAAUGGUGUCAGUUUCAGGUGAACCAAUACAACGUUUAGGAGCCUACAUGUUGGAAGGGCUUGUUGCAAGGUUGGCCUCUUCAGGAAGUUCUAUCUACAAAGCCCUAAGAUGCAAAGAGCCUGCUAGUGCUGAAUUGCUUUCAUACAUGCACAUACUCUAUGAAGUCUGUCCAUACUUCAAGUUUGGGUAUAUGUCAGCAAAUGGGGCAAUUGCUGAAGCCAUGAAAGACGAAAGCAGAGUGCAUAUAAUUGACUUUCAGAUUGCACAAGGAAGCCAAUGGUUGACCCUAAUCCAUGCCCUCUCUGCUCGGCCUGGAGGACCUCCAAGCAUUCGUAUUACAGGCAUUGAUGAUCCUACAUCAGCUUAUGCCAGAGGAGGAGGACUUGAAAUAGUGGGGCAGAGACUACGCAAGCUUGCUGAGUCAUGUAAGGUACCCUUUGAGUUCCAUUCUGCUGCUAUUUCUGGUACUGAGGUUCAACUUGAAAACCUUGGAAUUCAACCUGGUGAAGCUAUUGCUGUAAAUUUUGCCAUGACACUGCACCAUAUGCCGGAUGAAAGUGUGGGCACUCAAAAUCAUCGGGACAGGCUGUUGAGGUUGGCAAAGAGUUUGUCUCCAAAGGUGGUGACUCUUGUUGAGCAAGAAGCCAAUACCAAUACUGCCCCAUUCUUUCCCAGAUUCUAUGAAACGAUGAAUCAUUAUUUGGCAAUCUUUGAAUCAAUUGAUGUUACUCUGCCAAGGGAACACAAGGAGCGGAUAAAUGUUGAACAACACUGUCUGGCCCGGGAGAUUGUCAACAUUAUAGCUUGUGAGGGGCCUGAGAGAGUAGAACGCCAUGAGCUUUUGGGCAAGUGGAGAUCGAGGUUUAUCAUGGCUGGCUUUACACCCAGUCCAUUAAGCUCAUUUGUCAAUGCUACCAUAAAAACUCUGCUGCAAAGCUACUGUGACAAAUAUACACUUGAAGAGAAAGAUGGAGUUCUUUAUCUUGGCUGGAUGAAUCGAGCUAUAAUCGCUUCUUGCGCAUGGAGGUGCUAACCAAACAGCAUUUUGUUGUUAUUAUUGUGUCAACCAAAUAGAACCUUUAUCUGAAAUACGUUACGUUUCCUUUCUUUUUGGCAUACAUGACAGAUAACUAUGAAAAUCAGCCCUUUAUUUGAUAAGAAUAUCCGUCCAGGGAUGCAAUGAGCAAUUUGUACAACUGAAAGUGAUUAAUACUAGUUGUUAACUGUUUUUGUUGCA